CGAGCGUGGGCAGCGUACCCUGAGCGGGCUCCGGCUGGAGUCGGGUCUAGGGUUUUGGGUGGGACUGCAGCUCCUGUCGGGUGCCAUGAAGCGGGACGUCCGCAUCCUGCUGCUGGGCGAGGCCCAGGUGGGGAAGACGUCUCUCAUCAUGUCGCUGGUGGGCGAGGAGUUCCCUGAAGAGGUCCCACCCCGGGCAGAAGAGAUCACCAUUCCCGCGGACGUCACCCCAGAGAAGGUGCCCACUCACAUCGUGGAUUCCUCAGAAGCUGAGCAGACUGUGGAGGAGCUUCAGGACGAGAUUCACAAGGCAAAUGUGGUGUGUGUGGUGUACGACGUGUCUGAGGAGGCCACUAUUGAGAAGAUUCGAACUAAAUGGAUCCCAUUGGUGAAUGGAGGGACCGAGAAGGGGCCCAGGGUCCCUAUUAUCCUGGUGGGCAACAAGUCAGACCUGCGGCCAGGGAGCUCCAUGGAGGCUGUGCUGCCCAUCAUGAGCCAGUUCCCUGAGAUUGAGACCUGUGUGGAGUGCUCGGCCAAGAAUCUGAGGAACAUUUCAGAGCUGUUCUACUAUGCACAGAAGGCCGUGCUGCACCCCACAGCUCCACUCUAUGACCCUGAGACCAAGCAGCUGAAGCCUGAGUGUACCCAGGCCCUCACACGCAUCUUCCGGCUCUCAGACCAGGAUCUGGACCAGGCACUCAGUGAUGAGGAGCUCAACGCUUUCCAGAAAUCCUGUUUUGGGCAUCCCCUGGCCCCACAAGCCCUGGAGGAUGUAAAGAUGGUGGUGCGCAAGAACGUGGCAGGAGGUGUGCGGGAUGACCGACUGACCCUGGAUGGCUUCCUUUUCCUGAACACACUCUUCAUCCAGCGUGGCCGCCAUGAAACCACGUGGACCAUCCUGCGGCGCUUUGGUUAUGGUGACACACUGGAGCUGUCCACUGACUACCUCUUCCCUCCGCUCCAUGUGCCCCCUGGCUGCAGCACAGAGCUCAACCACUUUGGCUACCAGUUUGUGCAGAGGGUGUUUGAGAAGCAUGACCAGGACCAUGAUGGUACUCUCUCGCUGGCAGAGCUGCAGGACCUGUUCAGUGUGUUCCCAGCCCCGCCAUGGGGCCCUCAGCUCCUGCAGGAGGUCCGAACUGAAGCAGGCCGGCUGUCCCUGCAUGGGUACCUCUGCCAGUGGACCUUGGUGACUUACCUGGAUGUCCGGCGCUGUCUGGAGCAUCUUGGCUACCUGGGCUACCCCACCCUCUGCAAGCAGGACUCCCAGGCCCAUGCCAUCACAGGUCGGCACCUGCCCUCACAGUGGCCUGGCCCAGCUCUUCCCUGGCAGGCCCUCACUCUCAUUUGUCCUUCCCAUCCUCCCACAGUCACCCGUGAGAAGAGGCUGGACCAGGAGAAGGGACAAACACAAAGGAAUGUCCUUCUGUGCAAGGUGGUAGGGGCAUGUGGAGUGGGCAAGUCUGCUUUCCUACAGGCCUUCCUUGGCCGUGGCCUAGGGCAUCAGGAGACCAGGGAGCUCCACAAGGUACCUGCUGUCUACGCCAUCAACACGGUGCAGGUCAACGGGCAGGAGAAGUACUUGAUACUGUGUGAGGUGGAUGCAGGCAGCCUACUGUCCACCGCACUUGAUGCUGCCUGUGAUGUCGCCUGCUUGAUGUUUGAUGGCACUGACCCCCAGUCUUUUGCGCUCUGCACCAGCGUCUACAAGCGCCAUUACAUGGAUGGACAGAUCCCCUGCCUUUUCGUCUCCUCCAAGGCUGACUUGCCUGAAGGUGUCUCACUGCCUGGCCUGUCUCCAGCGGAGUUCUGCCGCAGGCACCGGCUGCCCACUCCCACCCCAUUCUCCUGUGCUGGCCCAGGAGAGCCCAGCACAGCUGUCUUCACCCGGCUUGCCACCAUAGCCACCUUCCCGUAUCUGGUCCAUGGGGAGCUGCACACUACCUCCUUCUGGCUCCGGGUGACACUGGGGGCUGUUGGGGCUGCUGUUGCUGCUGUCCUCAGCUUCUCACUCUACAGGGUCCUGGUGAAGAGUCGAUGAGGCCCUGGUGCUCUGCAGUCUGAUCUCAGGGCCCCAGGGUGCUGGUGUUGGCCAUCCAUUUGGUGGAGCUUCCUUCUGUGUAAAUUUUGCUUCUGAGGACAGCCUGCCCACUGCCCAGCCCCAAGGGUGGGCCCCAGAUCCUGCCAGUCUCUGGCCCAGCAACACUCACCUUUGUGGGCAUCAUGUUGGAGAGACUUUGGGGUGUAGGUUUGGAAGCCAGUGAUUCUAGACCUGAAUUCUCAGGGUUCCACCCCUUCUUGAUCCCAGGCAGCCAGUGGAUGUGAGGGGAGUCAGAGGGCAGAGCUUUGGGCCCAAAGCAGGAAGUGGGGGCAGAAAAUGGCCAGACCAUUGUGUUGUUUUCUUCCCCACCACGUUGGCAGACUGGUCCAGGGCUGCACUCCUCAUGGAAGAUGUGAGGUUAGGUUUCCUGAUUAAACUUCACUGUCUUUCCCAUCAUGGACCCUACUUUCUGAAGGUGGCUUUUUUUGAAUUGUCCUUUGUCAGUGUGGACUGGAAACUUCACCCUGGCUGCCCCCCACACACACCUCCCCUGCAGACCUGAGGCCUCACACAGGCCCA